UCCACUGAAGCAGAGGAGAAGGUCGUUACCCAAUAAACCUCGGCGCCGUUUAUACUUUCUCAUUCUGCUUCAUCAACUUCAAUGGCGGAAGAGAAUUCAAGGAGCAAGAAAACGAUUCCACCGUAUAUGAAGGCCAUUUCUGGCUCAUUAGGUGGAAUCGUUGAAGCCAGUUGUUUGCAACCGAUCGACGUUAUCAAAACCCGGCUUCAACUGGACCGGGCCGGUGCUUACAAGGGGAUUGUCCACUGCGGUUCUACCAUUGUUAAUAACGAAGGUGUAAGGGCUUUGUGGAAAGGAUUGACGCCAUUCGCUACUCAUUUGACUCUCAAGUAUGCGUUGCGUAUGGGUUCAAAUGCGGUUUUUCAGACAGCUUUUAAGGACUCGGAAACGGGUAAGCUUAGCCCGCAAGGUCGGUUGAUGGCUGGUUUUGGUGCUGGUGUGCUUGAAGCUCUUGUUAUUGUCACGCCCUUUGAGGUGGUGAAGAUUAGACUACAGCAGCAGAGAGGAUUAAGUCCUGAGCUAUUGCGAUACAAGGGACCUGUACACUGUGCUCGUAUGAUUGUUCGUGAAGAAGGCAUUCUCGGUCUCUGGGCAGGUGCGUCGCCAACAGUUAUGCGUAAUGGUACGAAUCAGGCCGCCAUGUUUACAGCCAAGAAUGCAUUUGACACAAUAUUGUGGAAGAAACAUGAAGGUGAUGGGAAAGUUCUUCAUCCAUGGCAGUCUAUGAUAUCAGGAUUCCUGGCAGGGACAGCUGGUCCUAUAUGCACCGGUCCAUUUGACGUUGUGAAAACAAGGCUCAUGGCUCAGAGUAAAUCUGUGGGCGAGUUGAAGUACAGAGGAAUGUUUCAUGCCAUCGCAACAAUACAUGCAGAAGAAGGAUUACGUGCCUUAUGGAAAGGACUAAUUCCCCGGCUCAUGAGGAUCCCACCUGGACAGGCGAUUAUGUGGGCUGUGGCUGACCAAAUAACUGGCUUUUACGAGAGGACAUACUUGACAAAUGCACCCUUAUAGUAGGUACUACUACAGUUUUGUCUUCGCCUUUCUUAGUUCAUUUUUCUGGCAGAAGCUCAGCUAGUUUUUCCCUUUAUAGUUUCUGUAGCUAUUGUUUGAAGGCGAAAAGAAGAUGACGCUACGCCUUAUCCACAUUUUUACUGAGAUCCCGCAACCUUAACAAUGUUUGUCUAGACUACCUCUAUCUUCACAGGCUGAGGAACUGAGUUUUGCAGUAAAAUUGAAAUCUUUAAGUCUCAUUUUGAUAUGUACUGAGGAUAGAAAUCCUAACUGGUGUGAUUCAAGUGCUUGAGA